AUGAAAAAGUCCGAUGAAUCCGAUCGCGAGGCGGUUCGUGACCGGGAAGCGGCUAUACUUGUCUCCAGCAUAAUCCAAGGCUUCACGAGUCACCCACCAUCACCUGCUACAUUCUGUGUUAAAACCCCAUCGAAUAUCUCACUGACCAACCCUCAUACCGCCUUUACACCCUUGCAUUUCUCGCGCAUUCGCCAAGUGUACCAAACGGACUGCUCUCUGUUCAACGCCAUGCCUAGCACUCAGUCCAACUACAUGUUACCCGUAGACCCUUUGAGCUUGAGUCGCAUCCGGUCUAACUUAAUCCGGCUUGAAGAUACGAUUAUCUUUUCGCUCAUCGAACGUGCCCAGUUCGCUCUCAAUCCAAGGAUAUAUGAACGCAAUUGUUUCGACGAACUCAAAGAGAUGGAUUGGAAGGGAAGCUGGCUCGAAUGGUUUUUGAAGGAGACUGAGACCUUCCAUGCCAAAGCUCGGCGUUACACCAGCCCGGACGAAUACCCUUUCACCUCCGAAUCCGACUUGCCAGCACCUGUGUUGCCGCCUUUGAAAUAUCCCCAGAUUCUCCACCCCAACGCAAUCAAUGUCAACGCAUCCAUAAUGACCUUCUACACCCGUGCAAUUGUACCAAGGAUAACCCGACGGGCAACGCAAGAGCUUGCUAUGCUUAAGAGGAGCGCUGGGAUUGUAGGGGACGACGAGUACGAGGACGAUGGCAAUUAUGGGAGCGCUGCCACUAUUGACGUCGAAGUUCUCCAAGCCAUCAGCAAGCGCGUGCAUUAUGGUAAAUUUGUUUCAGAGAGCAAAUUCCGCUCUCAUCCCGCGGAUUUCAUCCCACAUAUCUUGAAGCCCAACCCUCAAGAGUUACUGAAACUCAUCACUAAACCGGAGGUCGAGGCAACUCUUCUCGAGCGCGUUCAAAGAAAGACUAGUAUCUACGCUCAAGAGCUCAACCCCGGUGGAGAGCCUAUCAAAAAUUCCAUGGGGAUUGGGAAGUGGAAGAUUGAUGUUGAAUGCGUACGAGAUUUGUAUGAGAAUUGGAUUAUUCCAUUAACGAAAGAAGUGGAGGUCGAAUAUUUAUUGCAUCGCCUGGAUGGUCUCUCUCAAGAUGAAAUCGACGAACUGCUGAAGACGCAUUGA